UAGUCUACAGCCGAACGAAAGGCUGCCGGUAUGUUAGUUUUGUUAGUAUCAGCUAUGUGUAAUCUGCGUUAUCUGGAUUGUUAAAAACGUCGUUGAUAACAAUAACCAGAAUUUAGGAUUUCUCUAUUAUCUUAAAUAAGUAAAAUGAUAUCACUCUCUCGUUAUCAGUGAUAUUAGUGAUGUAAAAAAGGAAAUCUCCUGUCAGUAACAAUAGGAAAUCCAUUGUUAUAGUCUCGUUUGAUUACGGUAAAUGCUAAAUGUCAAGUACGCAAUGGAUGAAAAAAUCUGAAUAAGACGCUAAAUUCUCGUAUAUAAAUUGUAUCAUGAUAAUUCAUGGUUUCACAUCGAUUAAGAAGUUUAGCGUUUACUGUAUUUGAAGUAUCGAAAAUAUUCUCUAAUACGUUAUAUUAUAUUACUGAUUGUCAAAUAUAUUAAAUAGAAUCGCAUUAAAAAAAUUCAGUGCACCAUGAUGUUCCUUACUUACGUGGCAUUUCUACUUCUAUUUUUUGGGCCUUAUAAUACUUACGGACUUAAAAAACCAAAACAUGAUAAAGUCGUUGUUUGUUACGUCGCAUCUUGGGCAGCUUAUAGACCAGGAAAUGGUGCAUUUUCCUUAGAUAAUCUUCGCCCAGAACACUGUACUCAUUUAAUUUAUGCAUUUGCUGGUAUAAAUCCCUCAAACUGGACAAUUAAAAGUCUUGAUCCUUGGGCAGACAUGGAGAAAAAUGGAAUUGGAAACUAUAGAAAGAUGACGGCGCUUUGUAAGCCAGGUUUGAAAGUAUCAUUAGGAAUUGGUGGAUGGAAUGAAGGCAGCAUAAACUUUUCGAUGAUGGCUUCAUCAUCGGAUAAUAGAAAAACUUUUAUCGCCAGCACCGUUGAAUUUCUCAGAACGUACAAGUUCGACGGGCUAGACCUUGAUUGGGAAUUUCCUGCUAAUCGUGGUGGUGCUAAGUAUGAUAAAGAAAAUUUAGUUAGCCUUAUAAAGGAACUGCGAGAUGCCUUUAGAGAAUAUCGCUUCUCGUUAACGGCAGCUAUAAGCGCGAACAAGGAUCAUAUUGAAAUGGGAUACGACAUUCCUGAAAUUUCUAAAUAUCUCGAUUAUAUUCACGUCAUGGCAUACGAUUAUCAUGGAGCAUGGAACAAUCAAGUUCUUCCAAAUGCACCAAUGCGAAGCAAGGAUCUAUUAAGUGUGGAAGAUACUAUUACGUAUUUAUUGCAACAAGGAGCGCCAGCUGAGAAAUUGGUCUUAGGAUUAGCGAUGUACGGAAGAACCUUUGUUCUGACAACUGUACCAGAUACACCAAAAAUGAAUCCGAUGGGGAUGCUCAGUCUAGAUACUGGAUUCAAAGGGCCUUACACAUCCGAAAAUGGUUUCAUGGGAUUCAAUGAGAUUUGCGAAACAUUGGUAUUACAUCCGCAAGAAUGGACAACUGGAUGGGAUAAUUACAGUAGCACAGCUUACGCGAUUAAAGGAGAUCACGUUGUGGUUUACGAUGAUCGCAAAGCAAUUAUGAUCAAGGUGGAAUACGUAAAAAAACAGAAACUAGCGGGUGUUAUGGUAUGGAGCAUCGAUACGGACGAUUUCCAAGGGAUAUGUUCAUCACUGCACGAUGACAUGACUUCGCUCGAUGGACGCGAUUAUCCUCUAAUGAAAGCCAUUAAUACAAUUUUGACAAGCACGAUACCAUCCGAAAAAAAACAAAGCUUUCCCUAUGAGAAAGCAAAAGGAUCAUCAUCACACUCAUCAUCCGUGCAUUUUCCCUCGAACGUCGCAUUUGCGCUAUCAAUCACGAUGAUUUAUUUUUCUCUUUACGCAUAUCUAUCUUAAUCAACAAACAAUAUAAUUUCAAAAAAAAAAAUAAUUGAUAAUUAAUAACUAACAAAAAAUACUAGAGUGUUCACUAUAGAUCGUUUCUUUUAUUGAUACCUUUUUUACAUUAUGAGAAUAUAAUUUUAGUUUGCGAUGUAAUAUAUUAUCUGUUGUGUGUAUGUGUGUGUGUGUGGGUAUGUGUAUCAUAUAGAAUUUUUCUUAAUACAUUCAAUGUUACAUUAUAUUCUUUUUUUGUUUUUUGUUGGAUUUUUUAUCUUUUGUCAUUAUAUGUAUAAUAUAAUUUUAAUACAUAAAUAACAUUUUACAUAUAUUUAUAUAUUUAAAAUAUGUUAUACAUUUGGUUUCAAAAUUUAAAAAGAUAUCAUAUAUGUGUAUUAUAAGUUACAUAUCAUUAAGUUUAUCAAUAUCAAAUUAGACACAUUAUUUGAUAUAUGGAUAAAUAUAUCUAACAGCUACUAAAAGAUUUACAUAUUUUCGAUAAUAAAAUUAUAGCUAAAUGAGCUAAAAUAAUCACCUUGAAUAAUUAAUUACAUAGGCCUGCAUGAUUUUAAGGAGACUUGAAAGAAACGAAUAGUUUCUUAUAAAUUUUUGUGUGCUGAAUCCACAAAAUAGUUUAUUACGUCAGGUUUUCAUUAAAAAUAAGAUUGAAACUCUCCAAAAACGUAAUUUUUACUAUUUUUGAAAAUGUGAAGCAAAAAUAACGACAUCUUACACAUAAGAUAUAUUUUUUGUGCGGAAAACCGUGUAGUUUUUUAUAAAGUCUAAUGGCAAAUGUCGAUCACGAUCAAUCGCUCACUGAACGUGCAAUAACCAGUGUUGCACUUACUGAUAGUUCUGUGCACAAAAAGAAAAAAUUAACUGUUAUCUCUUUUAUUUUCCACUAUGUGUAACAAAUUCAAAAUCCAUCAAGAUCGAUAAGAAAAGUGUUUCAAUUUCUUUUCAAAAUUUCUUGUAAAAAUGAUGAAAUAAAAUUUAUUAGAUUUUCUA